AUGCAAACCCUGAGAAGAUCUGAGUCACUUGUGCCCUGCGUUGCUCCCGACGAAGAGAUUAGCGAGAGAGAUGACGAUGGGGACCACGAUCGCAAGCGUCAAGGCUCGUCAGAUCUUCGACAGCCGAGGCAAUCCCACUGUUGAGGUUGAUGUUUGCCUAUCUGACGGAACUUUUGCUAGAGCUGCUGUCCCUAGCGGCGCCUCAACAGGUGUAUAUGAAGCUCUAGAACUAAGAGAUGGAGGAUCAGAUUAUCUUGGCAAGGGUGUUCUCAAGGCUGUCGCAAAUGUAAAUGCUAUCAUUGGACCUGCUCUGAUUGGGAAGGAUCCGACUGAGCAGGUCGAAAUUGAUAACUUCAUGGUCCAAAACCUUGAUGGAACCUCCAACGAGUGGGGCUGGUGCAAACAAAAGCUGGGAGCAAAUGCUAUCCUGGCUGUUUCUCUUGCUGUGUGCAAAGCCGGAGCUAAUGUGAAGAAGAUACCUCUCUACCAGCACAUUGCUAAUCUUGCUGGAAAUAAAACUUUGGUCUUGCCUGUGCCUGCAUUUAAUGUUAUCAAUGGUGGAUCACAUGCUGGUAACAAGCUCGCUAUGCAGGAAUUUAUGAUCCUUCCUGUGGGAGCAUCCUCAUUUAAAGAAGCCAUGAAAAUGGGUGUAGAAGUUUAUCACAAUUUGAAGGCUGUGAUCAAGAAAAAAUAUGGACAGGAUGCUACAAAUGUUGGGGACGAAGGUGGUUUUGCUCCAAACAUUCAGGAAAACAAAGAGGGACUUGAACUUUUGAAGACAGCUAUAGAGAAAGCUGGAUACACGGGGAAGGUUGUUAUUGGGAUGGAUGUUGCAGCGUCGGAGUUUUACAAUGACCAAGACAAGACUUAUGACCUUAACUUCAAAGUGGAGAACAAUGAUGGAUCACAGAAGAUCUCAGGCGACAGUUUGAAAGAUGUCUACAAGUCUUUUGCAUCUGAAUAUCCCAUCGUAUCCAUCGAAGAUCCAUUUGAUCAGGAUGAUUGGAUCCAUUAUAGCAAGAUGACUGAAGAGAUUGGGCAGCAGGUCCAGAUUGUUGGAGAUGAUCUUCUUGUCACCAAUCCCACGAGGGUUGCAAAGGCCAUAAGUGAGAAGUCAUGCAAUGCCCUUCUACUGAAGGUUAAUCAAAUUGGAUCGGUGACGGAGAGUAUCGAAGCUGUCAAAAUGUCCAAGCGUGCUGGCUGGGGCGUAAUGGCAAGUCAUCGAAGCGGUGAGACUGAGGACACCUUCAUCGCCGAUCUCUCUGUGGGUUUGGCAACCGGCCAAAUCAAAACUGGAGCUCCAUGCCGAUCAGAGCGGCUUGCCAAGUACAACCAGCUUCUUAGGAUCGAAGAGGAGCUCGGCGACGCAGCCGUUUAUGCCGGCUUAAAGUUCCGGGCACCGGUGGAGCCUUACUAGGUGACGAUGCUAAAUCAGCCCUCCCUCUUCUGAUUUCCCCAAGUUUUGUGGUGCCCUACGCCUACGUAGUGGGCAGAAUAAGUGGUAAUUUUCAUAAUCAAACUUGAAAGAUCGCCAAUGGUGGCGUUUUCUCAAGGUAUGAAUUUGAAGUUUCUCAUCUCUUUUUUCGCUAAUGUGAAAAAAGAAGGGAAAAUGCUGUUUAGAAAUUAAAACAGGUAGCCGAUGCAAUUGUACACCGUCUUAUUCUACUUUAGAAGAGACUUUUUAUAAUUCGAACCUACCAGGCAACAAACUUUUUCGUCGACUAUC